CCUCCCCUCCUUUUCCGAAGGGGGAGGAGCCCCGGCGCAUUUCUGGCUGGCGCCUCAAAGCGGGCCGAGCUCUCGAGGCGGCAAGAGCAUCUCCGUCCAAGAUCCUCCAUCUGCGGAGCCCUCCUUCCUGGCUUUCUGAAGGAGGAUCCCUCCUCCUUCCCCGCUCUGCCCUCCCGGAUCUGCGGAGAUGAGGGACCGGCGGAGGCGGCCAAGAGAGGCAGCGAAGGGGAGCGAAGGCGGGCAAGGGGAGCCCGCGAUGCCGGCUUGAAGGCAGGGAGCGUCGCCCGCCCGCCCCGCGGCUCUGGAUGCUGCUGCGGCGGCUGCUCCGCGCUUGGGAGCGCGCAUGGCGGCGGCAGCUUCUGGGCAGCAGCAGCAUCAGCGGCGGCCCUCGAGGCGGCGGGGCUCGAAGGGGCGGCCUCCUCCCGCUCCUCCGCCUCCUCCUCCGCCGCCGCGUCCUCGCCUGCCGGGCCUGCGGGCGGUGCGGUGGCGGAGGGCGGCCCCGUUGCGCCGGGCGCUGUGGCUGCUGGCCGUGGGCGCCUCGCUGGGCUUGCUCCUGGCCUGGUCGUCCAACCGGCUCCUCCACUGGCUGGCCUUCCCUUCGCACACCACGGUGCGCACCGAGUGGAGCCGCCGCCUGGCCUUCCCGGCCGUCACGCUCUGCAACAACAACCCGCUCCGUUUCCCGCGCCUCUCCAAGGGCGACCUCUACUACGCGGGCCACUGGCUCGGCCUCCUCUGGCCCAACCGGACGGCGCGGCCGCUCCUGGACGAGCUGCUCCGGGCCGAGCCCGAGCGGCGGCGCUGGUUCGCCAAGCUGGCCGACUUCCGCCUCUUCCUGCCGCCCCGGCACUUCGGGGGCAUCAGCCGCGAGUUCGUGGACCGCCUCGGACACCGCCUCGAUGACAUGCUGCUCUCCUGCAAGUUCCGCGGAGAGCCGUGCGGGCCCCACAACUUCUCCGCCGUGUUUACGAAAUAUGGGAAGUGCUACAUGUUUAACUCAGGCGAAGAUGGGCAUCCUCUGCUGACCACAUUCAAGGGUGGGACAGGCAAUGGCUUGGAGAUAAUGCUGGACAUUCAGCAGGAUGAAUACUUGCCAAUUUGGGGAGAAACAGAAGAAACGACAUUUGAAGCAGGAGUCAAAGUCCAGAUCCACAGUCAGUCUGAGCCACCCUUUGUUCAGGAGCUUGGGUUUGGCGUGGCACCUGGGUUCCAGACUUUCGUAGCCACGCAAGAGCAAAGGUUACCAGAUGUCACCGAGGAUGCUACAGUCAGGCAGAUGGUGGGUGGUAUGAAGGGGACAGCAACGGCAGCUAUUCCUGCCUAUUCCCUUUUUUUUGAAGUUUUCCAAAUAAACUAUCUCAUCGCUAUCGUCUUUACUCUCCUUCCAUCUGGAGAUGCUCCUUUCUGCACGCCAGAGCAGUAUAAAGAGUGUGCGGAACCAGCACUAGUGGUUCUUGGUGAAAAGGACAGUGGUUACUGUGUGUGCCAAAUGCCAUGCAACUUGACACGCUACAACAAGGAGCUCUCCAUGGUUAAGAUUCCCAGCAAGACUUCAGCCAAGUACCUUGAGAAGAAAUUUAACAAAUCUGAGAAAUAUAUCUCGUUCCAUCAGCAUUCAGGAUGGAAUGAUCUGCCCAUUCAAAUGGCCCAGAGUGUAGUGGUAGUCCAAAUCCACAAGGGUUUUGGGUCCUACAGCAGCAGACAAGGAUGUGAGGAACAAGAGCAAAAGAAAGCAUACGAAGUGGCAGCCUUACUUGGUGAUAUUGGAGGUCAGAUGGGCCUUUUUAUUGGUGCUAGUAUCCUCACAAUUCUGGAAAUAUUUGACUAUAUCUAUGAGCUGCUCAAGGAGAAAUUGUUAGACCUCCUUGGCCAGGAAGAGGAAGAAGGAAGCCACGAUGAGAAUGUGAGCACCUGCGAGCCCUUGCCCAACCACUCUGAUCCCAUCAGCCACACUGUGACAGUCCCCCUGCAGACCACACUUGGCACGCUGGAAGAGAUUGCCUGCUGACAGCACUCUCUGGGCAUGACUACAGAAGGACGGACAGCAGAAACUGUAUCCCCAGAAGCCAGGGAAUCGGUGCCCUGGUUCCCCGCCAUGGGGUGGAGGGAAUAGCUGAGGAAUCCGCUAUGCAUCCAACUCGUUCUCUCUCUUCUUGCCAGAAAACAGCAAGAGAUGCCAGGGACUUGCCCCACCCUGUCUGUGAAGGGGUGGCAGGGGUGGGAGGAGGAGGAGAAGGAGGAGGAGGGUGGGGGGCACCUCCAGCAGCAGAGGCCGGGUUUUUGAACUGUACAAAUCCAACGACCAAGGAACCAUCAUUUCACAUAGACUGCCAACGACUGUACAAAAGACUCCUGCAUGCCAGUCCUUUUGAUGGCAAUAUCUCCCUCUCUCUUUUUUCUUUACAAGCCUGUCUCUUGUCUUAAUUGCUGUUUCCUUUGUUUUUCACAACAGAAGAGGAGGCCAUGACACUCGUGUCCCUCCCCACAUCCCCGAAACAGAAAGUUCACUGUAAUGUGAUAACACCAUGGGCUGAAUUGGAAACAAACCAAGGUCUGGCUUCCAGGUGUCCAUUACUUUUUGUCUUUGUCUAAAUAUGUGACCGGGUCUCUGAGCUUUUGCAAGGCCCAUUCACCUGGGCAGCCGAGACGAGCAAUGGUCAAACAAAAUGGCUCACCUUGUUUACUGCCAUAGAACCUCCCCCCCACCAUUACCCCCCUCCUGUAUGCACAAGCACCCACAAACACACCAGCCCCCUUGGCACUCAUCAGCCACAGCUACUGUCUUGUUAAGAUUGGCGUGUCAUGCCGUGUCAGGACUGGGGUCCCGCGGGGAGGCUGGGUUCAAGGGCCAUUUUGACCUACCCUGCUUCCUCAUUCUUAACAGUGCGAUUAAAGGUGGUCUUGUGGAAGGGGA